UGCUGAAUCGGCAAAUUGCUCAAAUGUCACCAGACACUCCCGUUUUGUGGGGUCUGGACUCUGGGGACGAGACUAUGUUUUGUUAGGAUGACAGACCCGCUCACCACACAGCUACCGUCCGCAGGGACCGUGCCUCCCUCAGACUCUGUCGAAGACGUAUCUACAUCCAAACGACCCAAGUUAGACUCUGUCGGAGACGGAACAGAUUUCUUCCUUGAAAAUCUUCCAGUUGAUCUACAUGUUGCAGUGCCCAGACAGGACAGCAUGAGCCCUCCAGUCACUAGUAUCGACCUGCUGGGAAUAGAUGGGCCCGCAACCACUGAUCUCCCCAGUAUGGCUGGUGUCUCCCAGCCUCAACAGCUACCUGCUGGGCUCAACUCCACCCCACCACCGCCCAGCACCUCUCAGCCUCGCUCGUUGGCUCCUAGUGUCAGUCUGCUGGCCCAGCCGUUGUCGCAACAGCAGUCUCCCGCGACUAGCGUCAGCCCCGUCGCCAAACCUACACCUCCUCUGCAGUUGAACACUCUUGGAGGGGGUAGGGGAGGUGGGGGACUGACUACCUCAACUGCUGGUGCCCCGCUCAACACCACUGUAGUGAGCACCUCCGCUGACCCCACUACAGCUCUCCCAAAUAUCAGCUCCACCUCUGCAACUGCCGUUCCUUACUCCAACAUGGCAACUUCUGUUUCUCCUGCAAUGGGCACCCCUCGAAUGCCGUCCGCUUCCUCCACACCUUUCUCUUACAAUUCAUACUCUGGAGGUAUGACCUCCGUUGCUGCUGGAAUGAACUUGCGGGUGGGGAUGCAGCCUCGGGCCCUGGUAAUGGGAAGUUACCUGCGCCACCCCGGGCCCAGUCAGGGAAUGGGUGGAGCUGUUAUGCCCGGACAGCAGAUGGUACACUCGCCCAACAUGAUGACACAACAACAUCGGAUGAUGACGAGGCAGCGUAAAAAGAUGCACCCCGAGGUUCAUGGAGGCUCCAUGAUGAGUACCCACCCCCAGCGGUCUAUGGGGCAGAACGUCGUCCUCCCUCCUCACUCGCACCAAGUCUCGUCACAGAUGAUGGCUCCUCAUAUUUUGACUCAGCAACAACAGAUGCCGGUGUCCAAUCCUACUCCUCGGCAGAGUCACCCCGCCCAACAGCCCUGCCCACCCUCCAAGGGCGUUGUCGGGGAAGAAAGCCCUUUGCCCGGACAGCAGAUGGUACACUCGCCCAACAUGAUGACGCAACAACAUCGGAUGAUGACGAGGCAGCGUAAAAAGAUGCACCCCGAGGUUCAUGGAGGCCCCAUGAUGAGUACCCACCCCCAGCAGUCUAUGGGGCAGAACGCCGUCCUCCCUCCUCACUCGCACCAAGUCUCGUCACAGAUGAUGGCUCCUCACAUGAUGACUCGGCAACAACAGAUGCCGGUGUCCAAUCCUACUCCUCGGCAGAGUCACCCCUCCCAACAGCCCUGCCCACCCUCCAAAGGUGUCGCCGGGGAAGGAAGCCCUUUGCCCGGGCAACUAGGAGGUCCUCAAUUCCAUAUUGCCAUGCCCCCUCAAUCGCAAGCCACACCUACUUCACAACAGUCCACACCUUCUCAGCAGCCUGUUCCUGGGGUGACCCCUCUAUCAUCGCAGCAAACUCCAGCCACGGCAAGACCUGCCACACCCCAAACGCAGAUACAACAACAUUUGAAUGCCCUGCCCACUUCUGCUGCUCUACAGUGGAGAAGUCCCGUUGCCAUGGGAACAGCACAACCAGUGCGACAACCAAGUCCCUCACUGGCAGCCCCGCCUCAAUCGGUCACCAUCCCCCAACAGCAAACUUUGCCCAUCCAACUGUCUGUCCCAGUCCAACUGCCCACUCAGAGCAUUAAGCAAGUCAUGCCCCCUCACCCCCUCCCUCCACUCCCUCCACAGUCAAGUGCAGGUCAACAGCCAAUGCUUUCCUCUCUCAGUGGGAAAGGGGGAAUGCCUGGUCAACAACCAACACAACAACAGCAGAUCGGCUCCUCCCCUCACGGACCAGGGGGAGGAGUCAACACCUUUGGAGCUCCACCCACCUCAGGAGGACUGGGCGGGGCAAACCAGCCGGCGACGAUGGACCCGGAGAAGCGGAAGCUGAUUCAGCAGCAGCUGGUUCUCCUGCUGCAUGCCCGCUAUUGUCAGCAGAAAGAGAGGGAGCACUCGAUGGGGGGAGGUGAGUACCAGCCGUGCUCCGUGCUACACUGCCAGACCAUGAAGAAUGUGUUGGAUCACAUGACUCAGUGCCAGGCAGGCCGACAGUGUACAUAUGAUCACUGUGUGUCAUCGAGACAGAUCAUCUCUCAUUGGAAGAGCUGCAGAAAGGCCGACUGCCCCAUCUGUCUGCCCCUCAGGAACACCGUAUUACCACCUAGUCUGGGGACGACAUCACAGUCCCGUGUCCCAUUCCCAGUCUCCAUUCCCACCAUUCCCACCAUUCAGACCCAGCCCUGGCACCAGAGCGUGCAGCCAGAACUAAGACAACACCUCGUCGGGAAAUUGGUGGAGAACACCGUCCCCAUAUUUAACCCGCAUACCCUCCAGGACCCGCGAGUGAACGGCUACAUCCAGUGCGCCAUGAAGACGGAGAAGGCCAUGUUUGAGAUGGCCACCAGUCGCGAGGCCUACUACCAGCUACUGCAAAGCUUAUAUACCGCAUCAGGAAGAAGCUGGCGGAGAGGAGGAAGAUGAGGAUGGAGAUGGAGAAACAGCGACAACCUAUGGGCGAAGGUUCGUCAACUGUUGGUUCGUUUGCCUCAGCUGUAAACUAAAAUGAGGUCAUGAAUACGCAACGCGGACACCUAACUUCUUCCACAUGUAGAAAAUAUCAUGUGAUGCCACGAGAAAAAGAUGCGGAGCUCUGCACGUAAACACUGCUGCAAAAACAGGAGGCACAGACCGUGCUUGUGAAAUUUUGUUUUCCUCCUAUACACGCCCCUAUAUAUUGUUGCGCAGUCAUGAUGUUUGGGCCUCGCGUGCAGCUAUUAAUCAUUUCCUAAGCAAAUGAGACGCACUA